GGUGUGUGUGCACGGCCACAGCGAUUUUCCACUCACUCGUCACAGCCGUAACGGGACGGGAAAGAAAAGCGUUUUCGGUCUCGCGGUUUGGCCAGUUUUCAGUGCUCUUGUUACUUGUCGGUUCUGCAUUUCCCUGUGUUUUUUUUUGGUUAAUGGGUUUUCCGUUCGGAAUUCGGUCGACCGAUCCCAGAACGUGUCUACAUCCAACGUCCGAGAAUCGGUGUAAAACAAGUGUAUGGCCUGUGCGUGUUCGUUUCUUAUGCAAAAGGAAAAAUUCAUCAUUCCGAGAUGGUGUAAGGUAUUGAAAUAAAGUGUCCAGUGUGAAAGUAUUGAAGCGUUAAAAAACGCUGCCUCUCAAAUAUGCAGUUCCAAAAGUGUGAAAAAGCAGUGAAAAAGCUUAUCGAAAAACAAACAGGUUAACUGAAACGGUUCCGAAAGUGUCGUGAAACAAAGGAGCGCCAGCUGGUGUGGUUUUGCUGCUUACUGUGUACGAUGGUGUUGGUCAUGCAUUGGUUCGCUGCUGGUGGUGAUUGUGCCGCUGCUGCUAAUCAUGGUGAAGUGAGUGAACCCCACCAUGGCUGACGAGCGUGUUUACUGGCGUACGAGCAAGCGCUAACUGUCACUGAUUCACGCUGCCAUCCAUGUGCAUGGUGCGUCGUCCGUUAAUCUGCAAUUCGAUUCGUUGCGUCCGCACAAUCGAUUAGUGAAGCCGCGUGGUUGGCAAAUCAUCAAAAAAAACACGCGUGCAUGAUACAAUCUGGUGGAAUCAAAAAAAAAAACUCCCCCCCGAGCAUGUGUGUUUACCCGUGCCCAUAUGGUUUCCAAAAUCAAAGAUACGAUUACGAGAUGGUGUAAAUGUGUGAGUGUUUGUGAUUUGUGUAAUGAGUAUUUGUUUUGUGGUACAACGAAUUUUUAACACAUCCGAUUAACGCGUAGUAAACGGAGCAUGAGACAACAGUAAGGUGGUGUAAGGCAGGAAGAAAGAAAAUGCUCCUUCCGAUAGUGAUGCGAUGGUAAGGAUUAUGCACCAAUACAUUCGAUUAGGCGAUGAAGAAGCGAAGCGUGAUUUUGUGAGGAAAAAAUGGAGACCAUAUCAAAACUGUAUCCUCCGUAAGGCGACAAACAGUGGUGAAUAGCAGCCGAGGAUUCGCCAAAAAGCACACACACAUACCACUGUCUGAAAAGCAUUCAACCCAUUCAUAAUGCAAGUCGUUCGGCAACGAAAACCGUACCAAUCGUUUCUAGUCAUGCAUCAUUCAUCCUGAGUAAGUGGUCGGGUGGGUGGUGCGUCUUGGCAACACGCCACAGCUUCCAUCGUGCUCUCGUGGUGGACGGUGGAAGCGUUUGUAAUUUGACUGGUUCGUUGCGCAGUAGCAGCAACGAAUAACCAACGGCACCAUCAGCAGUUCACAAAAUCAGUGACGUUGCGCUGAGAAGAUGUUCACCCAAACCAACCGCGACAUUCGAUUCUCCAGUGUAGCCAACGGUGACGAUAACGACGACGAUGGUUCUAGGCGUCGUGGCCAGCCAGUUAGCACAGUGCAACCCGACCGUGCAUGGUGUGCCGGAAGACUGUGCCGCGUAGAAGUGAUCGCGAUCCGCUGCCGGUGCAACAGUGAAUUCGAUGCCAGUGAUGGACUGCAAGUGACGAACCGGGAUCAAUACGCCGAUACGGACGGUACGGGUCGCACCGUUGAUGAACCAUCGUUUGCGGAUUUGUUUCGCAAGAAGAAAAAGUGUUGACAGUAUGGUGGUGUGCUAGCAGCCGGCAAUUAGUGUUGAAGGUGUGCAACAAAAGCAUAAAAAAGGUAGAAUUUACUAAACCAAUGAUACUCUGUGAAGUGAAAGUACGUACUAUCGGUGUUAAUGUGCCAGUCAAACAAUACCCAAGUGCUAACAUCAUACUGCAUAUCUCAGCGCGAAACCAGGCGCAAUAGUUUGCGAAAGAAAAACGGGGAGAAAAACAUGGUAACUAAGUAAAAAUACAUUCCAGAUGUGAAAGAUAAACGAAAACCAUCGCGCUAUGUGUAAUUUGUGAUAAAAAAUUGUUAACUACGGCAAACAUAAGUAACCAAAUCGCCAGUACAACGGCCGUUUCGUGGCCAGACAUGUGUACGGAAUCGAUAAACAAGGUGCGAAUUGGUGUUUACGGAAAUACGAACUUUACUCGUUUUGCUUUUGCGUGAAAUAUGCCCCCGUUGGCUAGCGUGUAGUAGCGAACGUGUGUAAAAGGGGAAAAAAAUCACAGUUCACGGAUCGUAGUGUGAAUUAUUAUCAAAGCGAUAGCAACAUGGACGACAUGCCCGAUCUGUCGCACCUGACGCAGGAGGAACGGGCCAUCAUCGAGGGUGUGAUGAUGCGCCAGAAGCAGGAGGAGGAACGAGAGAACGAGAUUAUGCGACGCAAACAGGACGAGGUGGCCACGCUCGUCGACUCGAUCCGACAGAAGUCGGAGCAACAGAAGAAGGCAGGUGUCGAGCUGGAGGCCACGUGCCAUAUCUGCCUCAAGACCAAGUUCGCGGACGGUAUUGGCCACAUCUGUCACUACUGCAACAUUCGCUGCUGUGCCAAAUGCGGUGGCAAAGUAACACUACGCAACAAUAAGGUCAUAUGGGUAUGCAUAGUGUGUAGGAAAAAGCAGGAACUUCUAUCAAAGACGGGUCAAUGGAUGAACAAGAGCACCAGUCCCGAUGGGGUGAUACGAAGGCAGGAAGGUGAUCCGAGGACACUACCCCAAACCAUGCUCGAUCCACUCGAUCCCUCCGACAAACGGCCCAAGCUCGAACGAGCACGUAGCGCAGCGGAGAAGGAAAACAAUCCAAUGCAGCGGGCAAACAGCCAGUUACGUCGGCAGUACAGCCAACAAGAUCCACCCACCCGCCGGCUGUCACAGUCGGAUGGUAGCGGGAUGGACAUGAUGAUGUCACCGGGACAUCAUCAGCAGCAGAUGGGCCGAAUGCAGCAGAUGGGUCACGGACAGGUGGGGAUGUACGGUGGACGAUCGGGUGGCCAGCAGGGUGUCGGAUACGGCGGAAGCUACGGACAGCAUUCGCAGCUUCCUCAACCACCGAUGCAGCACGGCGGAGGUGGAGGACCGUACGGCGGUCAGCAUGGAAUGACACCGCAGGUACACAUAACCCAUGCCGGUGGUGGUGGUGGUGGUUCGAUGGGUGGUUAUGGUCACGAUGAUCCAAGCUACUAUCAGAGUGAGAUCGAAGAUCUUAUGCGCACCCAUCCACAUUUGGUGCAUCCGAGACAGCAGCAGCACUACGCCGAAUCGCUCCAAUCCAGCUCGGCCCACGGCAGCGGUGGUUUGGGUGGUAUGGGCGGUGUUGGUGUCGGCGGGGUACAUCUUCCGCCCGAGCCCACGAAAUCUCACAAGCGACCGCUCGGUGGUCCGUACCUGCCCCAGCAACGGUCCUUCAGCAGCUCUGAUGAGGACAUUCGUUCCACGCCGGAGUUCGAAGCCGGUCACCAAAGACAGUAUUUCGAUAAUCACACACGACUGAACGCUAACCUUACCGACUAUCGAGCAACAAAGCUGGACGUGCAGCAACGCAACAGUUACAAUCGUACCAAUCACAACCGAUAUCAAUCACCGUCCCAGUCGACGCAGCAUCCAUCCCAUCCCUAUCACUACCAGCCGUCGCCGGAUCCGAUCGGUCGGGAGUAUCAUCAGCAGCAGCCACUGCCGCAGGUGGUGGUUGGCGAGAGCACUAUUGCAUCCACGGCCUACGAUAGUAUUAACCACCAUCACCAGCCCCAUCAGCAUCAUCAAUCGCUUCAUCAUCCGACGGGUACGGUGGCACCAAGCCCGGCCACCAUACCGCAGGGCCUUCACGGUGGCAGCAGUGGAAGUAGUAGCAGCAGCCAGCAUCAUCCGUACCAGCAGCAGCAUCACCAUCAGCCACAGCACCAACAGCAUCAUCACCAGUGUAACAGUAGUAGCAGCGGUGGUUCCAGCCACAGUACCACGGGGCAUCAUCCGGUGGCGCAGAAUUCGCACACACGUUACGGGACGAGCCCGGCCGCGACCGAGCAGCCGGAUCCGUACUGGGACGAACCGGCCGACAGUCGGCGGUUUACCGAGCGCAGAAAGAAGACGGUCCGGUUCGAUGGGCAGGACUCGGACGAUUGGUCCCGGUGGGAAUCGGAACGGCAGGGCAGCCAGGAUUCGGCCACCAAAGAUUCCGGCAUUGACACGAGUAGCACGUUUACCAGUAGCGAAGACUCGAACCGUGGCGAUGGCCCAAAGAAUCCAGUUAGCUGGCAAGUAGUGUCAUCGUCGGAUGGUGGCCGUACGGUAGGCCGUAUGGUGCAGCGAAGAGCGUUUGACGGCGAAGACGUACUAGGGCUAAAGGUACGCGGUGGCCAAGUACUACCGAGCGAUACCCGUGCAGCGCUCAUCGAGCUGGAAAGUGCUCACAUUAGGCCAGAAAAUUACGAUCGACGCGAUAAACCGAGCGUGCUGGUAACCUCGCCAGGAUCGCCCGAUUUGCACAGCGUGCGAAACUACUCCAGCUCCCGGUACAGCAACCGGUUGGCACCGGCCGGUACGGUAACGCAGGAAAAUAGCGUCGGUGGCCGGGUACAGAUAAAGCUAGGGUUCGAACCGAGCUCGCUACAGCUGAUCGUUACCAUCCUCUGCGCCAAUGGUCUUGUUCCGCGCGGAAACGGUGCGGCACGUAACCCGUACGUUAAGAUCUGUCUGCUGCCGGAUCGAAGUGAAAAAUCGAAACGACGCACCAAAACGUUAGCCCUCACGAACGACCCUCGCUGGGGUCAAACGUUCGUUUACGAAGGUUUAAGAAGGGCCGAUCUGAACAACCGUCUGUUUGAGGUAACGGUGUGGGACUAUGUCCGUUACGGUGCGAACGAUUUUCUUGGCGAAGUCAUAAUCGAUCUUUCAACGCACCCGCUGGACGAUGAGGCGGAAUGGUACAUUCUACAGCCGCAUCAGGACACCCUGCGAGAUACUUUGCGUAGAGACGAUAAAGAACCUGGCAACGAAUUGGAUAUGAUAUUGACCCCGACCGAUCAUUUAUCGCCGCCGAGUACGACCUCACGAUUGAGUGACUCUGAUACGACAUCCGAAUGCGAUAUAGAUGGUUUGAUGACCGGACGUGACGGCGCUAGUGUAUCAUCCUUAGGCAGCUCAUCUAGUCCUCCGCCAGAGGUCGAUCUGCAGGACAGACGAUCUCGAAGGGAUAUGUCCCCGCAAGGUAGGAAACGAGCAGCUGGCAUGGUAGCGAAGGACUAUCGCACAGUUUCUGGUGUUGGACAGGGAUUUCACAACCAGAUGAGUGCAGAGGCAUCGUCGGCGUACAGGCGCAACGGUACGAUGGCGUUGAAUCAGCGAAGCCAAUCGGCGGCACCGAGCGACAACUAUCGGGACGAUCGGCGGGACUCGUUAUCGCCACAAGAUGAUAGAUAUACAGAAUAUCCAGUUCUUCCAUUGCAUCAGUAUGCGCCAAGAUUUCAAUCACGAUCAGCGACAGCGACACCAACCGGUUCACCGAAGAAACGACAAUUACCACAAGUACCUCACAUGUCACGGAAUGCAGCAAUACGGGAGCGGUUCAUUCAGGACUUUGAGGAGCGCAGCGGUGGUCGAUUCGCGCGGCAUCGUGGCCGCCAGAGCCACCAUCAGCCGACGUACCGUAGCACUGGGAUGGGAGGCUGGGAACGACACUACUCCGGACUAUCCGACAGUGACUUGACGACGCAUUCGUUAGAGAGUAGAAUUAGGCCAAGACACUCGCUAUCUCCGGAUAAGGAUUUUAUGGGUGACUUUGGUGAUUCCGACAUGGAAUCGGUAGUUAGUGUUACUUCAAGUGCUUUCUCAACCCAAUCGGAGCGACCGCGCGGAUCGAAAGGGAUCAGGACACAUCAAAAUCGCCGACUUCAGCACCGAAGCCUACCGACGGGAUGGGCCACAACGUCACUGUGCGCGCUGCCGAGUGAGUACUCGGCCGGGCAGCCGGCAAGCGAUCAAUCGGGCAUCAUUCCGGUAUUGUCGGACGUAACGCAGCCCGCAAUCAUACCUCCGAAACCGGAGUUUGAACCGCAACCUGCUGCUUGUAGUGUCGUUGGUCCUAACGUAGUUGGUAACGCUAGUGUCUGUAGCAGUUUCGCUUCCGGAUCCCCUAUACCCUUAGGCGUUCCGAUCAACUCAUUACGGUCCGAUCCAAUACCGAUUUCUCCCGCACCACCCGAUAAGCCUGUUGCGGGGAUGGGCGGUAGUUAUGGUCCUACUCCGGUCACGCAUGGAGGUUCCAUGCCGGAUGGAUACUUUAACGAGCAGUGCAUUACACUGCAACCGGAUUGUGGUACUAUGCCGAACUUUCCCAUGAACCCGGCUAAUGAAAAUAUUAGAAGUACUUCGAUUAAUCUCGCUUCGUGCCCGCAGGGUAAUCAAUUUAACGCAACUUCGUUUGAGUUUCAAUCUGGUUCGCUACCAACCGAGCAUUAUUUUGGCCGUGCUAGAGCACCUCCGGUUGGUGGUGUAUCGAUGGAUCCUAUUAUGACAUCCUCGAUGCACGCGGGCGAUGGAACUGGUGCUGUUGAUUAUGAUCAGUGCGCUCCACCGAUUGGUCGGCGCCCGUCGUACGCAAUGCGCUCUAAUACGUCGGAACCGAAUCUUAAUUCAAUGAUCAUGCGACGCCUUUCCAACCGAUCGAUGGAGCAACAGCAUGCAUUUGGGUACGGGCAACCGCGCAAUCAGAUGAUAUCCAUCUCGAAUCGUUACCAUCCACAGUCGCAUGCAACCGUCGGUAGAGGAUCCGGUACCGAUCCUGUUAUGAAGUAUCCUCCACCGCCGGUAGCAACUAAUCAGAUAAUUUUGAAAUCAUCCUAUUCCGAUCAGAAUCUUCAUAAUAGCAUCGUGUACGAACCGGGUGGUAUGGGUGGUUCUGGUGGGCAGAAUAUUUGCAUUUCCAACAAGAAUGUGUACGAUCCGAAUACUGGUUAUCAGAAUCAAACAAUCACUUGCAUUAGUAAUAGUAGGGAAAAUCUGGGCGAAAGCAAUAUACGAUACACCAGCAAUCCGGAAGGGACGGUGUGUGAGAUCAAUGCACCGGAUGUACAGUUCCGCAGUUCGCGUACAUCAAACAUAUUCGAAGAUGUUGCAAUGCCCUCGGACCAGGGAAGAAUUCCCCUGGCCGAGGCACUGUCUGUGAGUCUGCCUAUCGCGACAGGCGAACCUGCGUACGGUGUAAGCGAUCUGGAGAUACAUCCCGAUCGAAUGCCUGGCAAACCGAUCGAAGUUCUUAAAUCCCCGAGUGAGUAUCACUAUUCGGCCUACCAGAAGAAACCGUGCGAAGACGCAUACAUGGUUAGCAGUGGCGUACACGGUAAGCCGGAAAAAAUCGCCCGCUCCCAUUCACUGAUCGCUCAGGAUCAAAUAAUAGACAUUGAGUAUGACUCGGAUACGGGUUGGAAGACAAAAAGUGUCCGUAAAAAUGUGUUUGCAAGCAGUUUUGAGGAGAAGGUUUACAGAAAACGUACCCGAUCGCUGGGCGGUGGCAAUAGUGAGGAUGAGCCACAGGAACGGCGAGAUAGUUACGGCGAUACGAAGAAGGCUGCUCCAGUCCAGGGUAGGAAAAGUAGGAGCGGUUCCAAGAGCAGUCUAGAUCGUAGCAAUUUGACGUUGAAUAUAGUGAAAAAUGUUGAUGAAGAAUCUACGCCUAGUAAGAAAAGUGAAAUAGACAAGACUAGAAAGGUAUCGAAAUCCGGGGCAGCUAAGCAAACAGAAAAAGUUAAUCCUGUUGCUACUGACUCUAAGAAGGAGAAAGAAACGAGUAAAACUACCAAAACAAAUUCAACAUCGAAACCUUCCACGAUGGUAAAAUCGAAAUCGACCACUAGUACGGCCACACCGAAAAAAGGCACGAAAAGUCCAGCAAAGACCGGUACCGGUGGUGGUUCGGUAAAGAAAGCUGGCUCACUGAAAGGGAAACAGUCCAAGGUGGGAUCUUCCACUUCGGUAGCAAGUAGCUCGAAAGCGAAGGUUACGGAGAAGCCCAACUUUAAGGAGAUCGAUACGAAAACAUCGAAAUCCAAACUUGUUACUAAAAAAAGUGACAGCAAAGGUCGUGUGGAUGAGAUCAAGUCCGAAUCGACCGUGCUGUACAGUAGUUCCGAAUCGAUUAAAUCGAUUAUUGACGAGGUGCGUAUGGAAUUGCUGCAGAAGCCAAAAUCGACAGUUUAUUUAAGUGACGAAAGUCCAACCGUCCUAAACCGCAGCCAUUCGUUUAGUGACGGUGAGCUUAACUGCAGCAAACGCAUCCAGGAUUGUUACGACACGUACGAGUUUGUGGACGGUCGUAAGCAUUAUCUGCUGAAGGAUGAUCGUUUGAAGCAACGGCUCACUGAUCGGUACGAUCGUGAAAGGGCUGUCGGGUACGAACGAAGUUCCGAUAGGCGCCGCGAUGAUGGAGAGUAUGAGCGUAAGGGUCGUCGAAUGGUACCGGACGGCGAAGAAGAUAAUCCAUGCCGACGGCCGGAAAUGUUUCAAAAGUGUACGUCGCGUAGCUCUAGUCUUGUGUCGAACGAGGGUGGUGAGAUAAAGCUUAGACGUAAGGUUUAUCACAGUGACGAUAGUGCGGAAGACGAUGAGGAUGACGAUGGGGAGGAGGAAGAGGGCGAUGAUGAGGUGUUUGAAAGUUCUUUCUCUCGGGGCAGGAACUCGUCGUUUAAUGGGAAAUCUUCGUUGAAGCGUAGGGCAAGGUAUGACACAAGGCGCACCAGUAGCCUGGAGGGUUUGGAUCAGUUUCUUGCCAAUUUGCAGGAUCGAGACCGGCACGGUGGUCGUACGAGAACGUACGAAAGUAGCAAAAGUGACAGUGCGCGGCACAGCUCCGUCAGCAUUAACGAAAAGCCCGAGUACUUUGAGUACACUAAGUCACCUUCCUCACCGUAUUGCACCAACAGUAGUGGCCGUAGUGCUAGUAGUAGAAAAACCGCUAACUAUGCUUCAACUCUUUCCUCCAACAAAUCCUCGAACGGCGUUGCGUUGCUGCAAACCGUACCGAAACGGCCUUCGAUGAAAAAAUCGUCCAACAUGGCGGCUGAUGAUGGUGGUCGUGGCAAUGCUGGAACCCGUUCCCGUUCGCACGAUCGUCAUGGUAAUCGUUCCGGAUCACCAUCCGCUGCUUCCGGGCCGGUGGAACAAUCGCAACGGCGUGCACGUUCGUCUCACAGUGACUACGAUGUGCGGGGCCGCAGUCGCUACGGUGGCCACAACGGUGGACGGGAUGCUUACCGGCAGCGUGAUCGUGAGCGGGACCGCGAUCGGAACAGCAGCGAUCAGGAGCGGGACCGUGAUCUGAGCGAUCGUGAGCAGCGGGAAUCGCGUGAGCGCGGUGAACUGGACCAAAGUCUUUCGAAUACCGAGGGAACACCGGAGGAUAAGAUAGACGGUAGCCUAAGUGAUACAGCAGUGAUACAGAGCUUGGAUGCACGACGUAAGUUGGACCAACGAUCGCCGAAAAGCGAAACACCCACUAGGGACCGGGACCGUUUCGGUACCGGUAUGGGUAUCAAGAGUAACUCAACAUCGCAACUGUCGGCAACAGAUGAAAAAGGUCGUAAGCGACGCAUGGGGUUUGGUAAGCGUGGUAAAAAUUCCUUCACCGUACAUCGAAGCGAGGAGGUGCUUCCGGGCGAGGUGCGUGGCGGCGGUCUAUCGCGGGGCUCGUCCGCCUCCAGCGAUGGUGAAGGAAGUGCCGACGGUGACAGAUGGUCACCGUCGCUACGAGUGGCGGGUGAUACGGGACCUUUAUCGGACUUCAUCGAUGGUUUGGGACCAGGACAGCUAGUUGGACGCCAGGUACUGGGUGCUCCGGCCUUAGGUGAUAUUCAACUGUCUAUGUGCUAUCAGAAGGGUUCCUUAGAGGUUGAAGUGAUAAGAGCAAGGGGAUUGCAGGCACGUCCUGGCUCAAAAGUACUUCCAGCGCCUUACGUUAAAGUGUAUUUAGUUUCCGGUAAAAAAUGUAUAGAAAAAGCAAAAACAACGACUGCUAGGAAAACGUUAGACCCACUAUAUCAGCAACAACUAGUGUUUAGGGAACCGUUUGCGGGCUGCAUUCUGCAAGUCACCGUUUGGGGAGAUUAUGGACGGAUGGAGGGCAAGAAAGUAUUCAUGGGUGUAGCUCAGAUAAUGCUGGACAACCUCAACCUCUCACACAUAGUCAUCGGCUGGUACAAACUGUUCGGCACUACGUCACUGGUCAGUGGGCCACCUAGCUUGGGCCUAUCUAGAAGAUCCUCGAUCGCCUCACUCGAUUCACUCAAGCUGUAAAAGCCUCUAAUUGACCCAUUGAGCAUCACCACCUCCCACAAAUUUCUUCUAUCCCUGCUCUCUCUCUCUCUCUCUCUCCGCCACUAUCUCACUAUCUCACUAUUCCCACUAUCUUUAUCCACUGUUGUGUGCUGAAAAACCAUAGGACAUAAUAGACAUUGUAAAACACACCUGCCUGCUUCUAACAGUGCAAUGUCUGUGUCUGAGCAAAAUGUUGCAAAUUUUUGCGUUCCGCUGCUCUAGCCGGUUUGGUUGGCUCUGAUGUUGCUCUGAUACUAUCAUUCCUGUUCAAGAAUGCUGUGUUUCUGUUUAAACGUUUAGCUCAGUUUUAUGUUCCAAUUGUUUUGACACCCCUUCACACACACACACACACUGAAACACAAUCAACAACCACCUUCACCUUCCGGAGAGCAGCCAACCAUUGACACCGUGUUUUGUGCAAACGUUUACAACUAUGUUUGGUUUCGAUUUUAGUCUGCGUUAUAGAUUUAGGUUUUAUGUUUUGUGUAGUUACUACUGAAACUGUUUCUGCUAUACAUCAUUACUGAAUGGUGAGCGUUGACAAGAAUAGUUUGAGGUAUAUUAGACCUUCAGAUGAUUGCAGUGAUUAGCUUUGAGUAAAUAAUUAAACGAAGGCAGCAAACGUUGAUGCUAAAAAAAUACUGGAAAAAGCAGCUCAACAUCACUCGAAUAGUAAGACAAAACUAAUUUCCAAACCUGAACUAUAAAGCCAACGUAUGGUGUAAAAUUCAUACUCCAACAGUCACCAACGUGGAAAUCACGUGGUAGAUGGUAGUGAGCUACUUUUCGCGUGAAAAAACAAAACCAAAAACAAAAAAAUAAAAAACGCAAAACGUAUCUGCUAGUUCGCGCGCGAUCGAAACCGUUACGGCCUUAUGUACGCAGAGGAACGCACUGGAAAAGCACUUACUGGCAUGCGAAAUCGUCACACUAGCUCUGUGUGAGUGUAUGUGAGCGUUUGUGCGUGUGUGGACAGCGUCCUACCGGAACCAAUCUGCUGUGCAGUGGAAGUCAGCUAAGCGCUAUAUCAACCGGUGUUUAGGAAGGGGUAUAGUCGGAGAUAGAUAUUACUUGUUUUAAAUCAAUCCAUUACACAUACAUACUUUAACAAUUUUCUCUUGUAAAGCAUAUUUGUUGAGAAAAAAAUGACAAUGCGAUUAGGAUUGAACACAGCAAACUGUCAACUCCGAAUAAGUAACCCCAUCAUGUUUGCAAACAACUUAUACAAAAAUGGAGAAAAAAAAUUAAGCGAAAUGACAAAACGUUGUUCACAUCUUCACAUCUAGCGAUAAUGUAUUGUGGGAAGGGGUGGAAUGCAAACGAUUGUUUUGGGUCGGAGGAAGGGAGAAAGGAGUAAGAGGAGAGAAAAAAAGUGGAAAAAAAGAAACUCAAAUCUGUGAAUUUAUUAAAUUGUAAUAUUUGCAACCAAAAACCAAAACUAAGCAAAAAACGAAGAAGAGAAAAAACAAACACACAUGUGAGAUGGUGCAGAUAAAGAUAUAAAAAUUAAACAAAACAAACAAAAAAACUCGUAACUCUAAUUACCAUAAGUAUAUGCUUCAGUCAAAACGUUACAAGAACGAUAGUACCGCUGGAUACAGUUAAAAGCAAGGCAGCAAGAAUGCAAAGGAUGGUGAAAUGAAUGAGAUGCGGACCUGUGUGAGAUGAUAUUAAACAAAUGAGAGCAUUAAAUAUCACAAACCUUUGAAUGGCCGACAGGAAAGGGUUCGAUUGGUUGAUUUUUUUUCUGUUGCUUAAAAGCAACAUUUGCAAUGCUCGUAGGUCCGACAGUAAGUACGAUAACACUCACAAGGAACGACAGAAGUACAAAUGUGCGAAUGAUUAAAGAUGGUAUCGGUCCUGAGCAGAUGAUACUUUAUCAUAUUUGAGCUACCAGAGACAGGUCAAGCGAUCGAGCGAAUACAUCUGUGAAACGAACUACACAUACACACUAUCCUACACUCGUAUCUCUUUUCACACCUACCUAACAUAUGAACGAAGCAACAAAUAAUAAAGAAAAAAAAAACAAAACAAAACAAAAAACCAACUAAAAUCAACAUAUUGUUUGCCUUAGCACUCGAAUAGACGCUGUUUCAAUAAAAUCAUGCUUUCUAAAUCAGCUACUAAGCAAAUAACAAAACAAAACAAAAAAAUCGCGCAUUUACACAACUGAAUAAGAGAACCGAAUCCGAUCGUACAGUGGCUAUUUGGCGACUGUGCAGUGUGUGUAAAAGCGUUUGAGCUUCUCUUGCUCCAGUGGCUUUAGCGUGGGUUGUGCGACAGGAAAGGAAUGAAGGAAACCCAGUGGGAAGGAAUAGGAUCAAAUCAUAAAUUAAAACAAACAAAACAAAUGCAUAUAUCAUCACACCAGCUAAACGAGAAAAAAAGGGACGUAGUUAAAGAAUGCUAAAGCGCGUUUACUAUAUACUAAAAACUAAAGCAAAGCAGCAAAGCAAGGCAGACCAGUGGCAAAGCAGAAGCGAAGAGAGUAUGUAUACAUGAAACGAAUGGGGUAAACAAAAAAAAAGUGGAAUGAGAAACGAGCCAAAAACCAUAUCUUUGUCAGUAAGAAAAUUCUUAGCAAAUAUGAACACAAAAUGAAAGUUAUAAAAAAGAACAAAAAAAAAUCAACAACAACAAAACAUAACAAAAAACCCAAACAAGGAAUAGGUACCGUAACAAAAAGAAAAAAACAAACAAACAAAUAAACAAAACCAUUAUAGGAUGCAGCACUUCGUUUUGCUGAGUAUGAGAAACGUUAGGAUUAGCUAGGAAAGCAUGAAAUAAGGAUACCGUUCGAGAUCCUGAAUUAACAUAUUAACGCAAAACGUGUGAGAACGUGCAUCGGAGUGAGAACUGGAAAUGGCAAUUGUCACUUUUCGGAGGGCGUAAACCGAUGUAUAUGUGCGUGAGAAUAUGUAUGUAUGUUAUGCUUUUGCUCUGAGUUGUCUCUUGUGGGAAUGAUUGUGGAAGGAAAACCCAUGGGAACGAUUGCCACUUGGUGAUGCAAGUGCAAACGCUCUUUGUGCAUGAGUUAAUGCACCACAAUCGUAUGAAGAAAAUGGAACAAAGUUGAUUGUUUGUUUGAAAUAAAAAAAAUCAAAGAUGCAAUUCGUUUAAAGCUACUAUAUGCUACCUUUCUCCGUGACAACACUGUAUGUGGAAGUUUCCUUGUACACACACACAGACACCAAUAUUAGAAAGCAUAUUUGCAUAUUUGGUUUUUGGCAUGUUUUUUUCUACUUCCUAUUGUUGGUCUUUUAACUCAUGUGCAUAGACAAGCCACAUUACCAUGGGCCAUUCGAUGGGUUUACAUGUACAUAGAAUGGAAUGGUAUGGUGAACCAGAUGGAGAGGAUGGGACACAAUAUUGCCCCAUCCCUUUUUGCGUAAUAAAACUUAUCAGCAGAAAUGUUCACAACGCACUGGAGCUACCCAUUAAGUACGAUUUUUCUUUGUCUCUUUCACGACUUCUCUAAGCUUAUUUCUUCCCCUAAAGAAAACAAGAAGAUAAAAAACAAAUCCUCAGAAAUAUUAAAUUAUUAGGAACAAAAUGCAACGAGCAUCAGCUGUCUUACAAAUUACAAAAAAAAAGUAAAAUAAUAACAAAGAACAAAGCAACAACUAUCGAAUAAGCGUGCACGCUUAGCGAAAGUGGCAGACAAACUGACAAAUGAAAUGCUUAAUCGAGUGAGUGGAGUUGGGAAAGAUAGGAAAGUAAACAAACGUGUAAAUAAGAUCAGGUUUCUACAGGGAACUUUGAGAAACGAUUCAUUAUCAUAUAGCCAAUCAAAACUAACUUCUCAGCAAGCGGGAACUGUAAGCGAAAACGGGAUAAAUGGACAAGGCGUUAUACCCAACAUUAGCAAAAGGAAGCUCGUUGUCAGUGGACUAUAAUGCCAACGUAUUGUUUGGUGUGUUUGAAUUUGCUCGCUUCUAUUUCCGUUUCUUUUAACUGCUAACAAGUCUAGCACGAAUGUUUCUUACUGGUCGAUUUCGCUAAGCACUAUUUCGCUGCUAACUGCAUCUAAUGGCUUUCCAAAGGAAAAUAUUAUUAUAAUUCAAUAUGUAGCAUUAUUCCUUUCUCCUCGAGCGGUGCCUCAGACAACGAAACAAAACAACUAUCUCCAGUGUUGCGCCAUAUUUAAAGUGGUUUAAUUUACCAGCCAAGUAUCAACCGAAGCUGGAACGUUUGAUGCAAUAGCGAUUUAUGGAAAAAAAGCGCACCAUUUUUCCGGAGCAGAUUAGCUCGCGCUUCUUCGAGCUUGCUGCACGAUUAACAACAGACAUGUUUGAUCCGUCCAGUGGAAAUGGAUUCAUUAAUGCCACACACAGAAGAAAAACAAAAACACGAAAACCAGAUAAGGAAAUUAUAACGCAAAGCAAGCAAAAACGAAAAACCUUCGCCACGUGUUCGCCGCUGCCUUGGAACACUGGACUGGAAGUGUUCGCGAAAGCAAAAUCAGGACCAACCGAUUGUUUCCCAGCUCUCACCCAAUUUGGACGAUAAUCUUCGGUUUAUCGACGGAACGAUGAUUUUGAAUCGCAAAAAAAAAUCGCUCGCACUCCCGUAUCAAAACUAUUGGAACCUUUCCGUCGAUACAUGAGCGGGAAAGAUUGGAUGAUUGAAGAUUUUUUCUCUUUUCAUUCAUCUUAAUUUUAAUGAAAAAAAAACAAUUAGGAUUGCAUUUUUUUUAAAUUUUGUUUAUUCCGAAACCGAAAUACGCUUAGUACACUAAGGUCCGCACGUUAAAACGUUGUUGAUCUUUGCGCUUUUCUUCGUAAUCCGUGAUGUAAUGACGGUGGAGAUGCAAAAUAAAAACAAAAAAAAACAACAUGAACGAUAAUGAAAAGUUACUGACAAAUAUAGGAUUAUAAUUGUUGCUUUAAGUGCUUCACAGUAUAAGGAAAAUCAACGCAAAUACAGCGGAAGCAAAAAGGUAAAAAAAGGAGAAAAAAAUCAGAAGAAAAAAAACUUAAUUCGAAAACAGCAAUUGAGGCCUAUUAUUAAAUACAAAAUUAACAAAAACCCAAUAGUUUAGGAAUUGUAGUGUUGUGUUAAUGCAUUGCAAAAAAACGCCCUCAAAAAACGGAGCGUAUCGUUUUGCUCGCUUACUAUUCAAAUAUUUACAGCUGAAUGCCUAAUUUGUGAAGAAGUAAGAUGAGAAAAAAAACUAAACCCCGUUUGUCUCAGUUUUGGAGCAUACUCUUAUGGAUCGCUUCGUUGCAGCUUAUUCUUUUCGAUGUUGAAUAUGUUUGCUGUUUGGAAUAUGCUGUUUUACACGUGCGUCCCCCCCGGGGGGUUCCAUAAACGAGGACAACCUGAUCGAACGCGUGUUUUGGGGGAGGUCCGCACGUAGAAACGAUGUAAAGGAAUGUGAAAAUGUUACCAAAUAUAUCGAUUAAUUUGCUGUACGGGUGGAUACGCAGCAAGCACUGUUAGCAACAUCAAAACAAAAGGAGCAAAACCAAAAGCAAAACAAACAAACAUAUUAACUAUGGUGCGGCAGCCAGAAAUUUUUUGCAAGUGAGAUAAUGUGUACGCGCGCGUGUGUAUGUUGGGAAAUACGGGCAUAGUAAUGUUAGUAGAUAAACAGAAGCGAUGUUAAAAGCAAAGAGUGACGUAAGAAAAUUUACAAAACAAUUGAACAAAAAAAACCAAAAGAACAAAACAAGCAACAAAAGUAAAUCAUUCAAUGAAGCAACAAUCCAACCACAACCAAUGGAGGGCAGAACACAACCGCAACGUUUUGCCGAUUCCCGAUCGCCGAGGAAAAUGGUGAACGUUUUUGUACAAAGCUAGGCAAAAGGAAAACAUGAGAUCAACUAGUACUCGUAGCUAAGAACCAAAUGAUGAACGACUGUCGAGAUGGGGUGGUUAGAGAUGCAAGUAAAAAAAAGUAAAUUUUAAAAAUUAUUUUAUAUCAAACUAAGUAUUAAACACGCAUACAUACACACAUACACCAAACACAAUACAUACAUACCACACGGACACGAAAACACAAUCGCUACUGGAACAAUGCUGUAAGUAAAUGCUGAAACGAAACACGGGCAAAGUACGUGGCUAAAGGGCUAGAUCAUGCAUUUUGUUUGUCUCACACUAGAAGUUAAUCGGAAAAUCGACAACAUUAUAUAUUAAACUUCAAACAUGAAGGUACAUCAAUCUAACCAAUGCGCCAAACGGAAUGAAAAACAAACCAAACACUGGGCUAGGGGAAAAAAGCGGCCGCAGCGCUAUAUCAUAUAUGGGUUCAGUUUGGCUGGGUAGAAACACACCAGAAGAAAGUAACAGUGGUUGACUCUAUCCUGCACAAAGCAGCGUUCAUACAACACGAAAACCCCCCACAUUUCAUUAGAAGCGAACAAUCCACUGCUGGGCCCACAACUAAAGCUCUUAAUUAGAAAGGGAAAAGGAAAGUGUAAGAAAAGAAAACGACAGCAUGUAAUAGCAAGCGAAUGAAACGAAUCAAGUGGAACGCGGAAUGGAAGAAGCAAUUGAAACAACCAAACAAAGAAACACAAAAAGGAAACAGGAUAACACAAUAUACAAAACACAAGAAAAAAAAAACAAACUUAUAGCUAAAA